CGCUUGCCUCUGUGUCGUAUUGAUCUACUUCGUUCGUGUUUACUUUGUGGAAGGCUUCUACAUCAUCACUUACGCCAUCGGAAUCUACCUUUUGAAUCUCAUCAUUGCUUUUCUUUCUCCUCAAGAAGAUCCUGAAGCUUCUCUCACUACCGGUGGUUCUCUUCCUACUCGGAGAUCCGAUGAGUAUCGUCCUUUUGUUCGCCGUCUUCCUGAGUUCAAAUUCUGGUUAUCGAUCAUAAGGGCAUUUAUCAUCGGUUUUAUGAUGACGUUCUUCGACGUGUUUGAUGUACCUGUUUUCUGGCCAAUACUUCUUUUCUACUGGGUGAUGUUGUUUUUCCUGACGAUGAGGAAACAGAUACAACAUAUGAUCAAAUACAGAUAUGUUCCUUUCUCUUUCGGGAAAAAGCAGUAUGGAAAGAAACCGGCUCCAACAGAGAGCAGUGAAUGAUUAAUCAAACUGUUCAGGUCAGCAAUUUUAAAGUCUUUUGAGAGAAGUAGCAUUUUAAAGGUCGGUCUUUUGUUUUCUUUUGAUCGCCUAUAUCUCUGUUAGGGAUGAAGUAGAGAUAGACAGAUUUUACUCUUUUAUCAUCCUGACUAUUUUACUGGUUUCACCUGAACACAAUGUAUCUUAUUUGUUACAUCCUUUUUUCAGUGACAAUAAUGUUUCAUACUUGACCCUUUUGUAAUCAUCAUGGUGGAAAACUAAAGACUAAUUGCUGUC